AUGGAACUGGGCCACAAUAGUUUCAACGGAAGCAUCCCAACUUCAUUAGGCAAUACAAGUAGCCUACAAGUUCUCAACUUGUCACACAAUAACUUGACUGGAUCAAUACCAGUGUCUCUUGGCAGCCUACAACUUCUUGAGCUACUAGAUUUGUCAUUCAAUCACCUAGAAGGUGAGGUUCCGACAAACGGGACCUUCAGUAAUGUAACAGAUGUCCAGAUUGAUGGUAACUCAGGGCUUUGUGGUGGGGAACCAAAGAUGCACCUUCGCAUGUCCUAUGAUGCCUUUGGAUUCAAGAAAGCACAAGCAUUCCAUUGUGCAAAAGUUGGUGAUCAUUUUAGCCAGCAUUAUGUCACUUGCCAUAGUCAUAAGUGUAGUGUUACUUUGGAGAGCCUGGACACGAGGGGAGCACAGAAGAGUUUCAUUGCAGAGUGUAAUGCUCUAAGAAAUGUGCGCCAUCGAAAUAUAGUUCCAAUCUUAACAGCAUGCUCAAGUAUUGAUUCCAGGGGAAAUGAUUUCAAAGCUUUAGUCUAUAAGUUCAUGCAACGAGGGGAUUUGCAUUCAUUGUUAUACUUGACUCGAGAUGCAUUGGAAUACCUCCACCAUAACAACCAAGGAACCAUUGUUCAUUGUGAUCUGAAGCCUAGCAAUAUUCUUUUGGACGACAAUAUGACAGCACAUAUUGGAGACUUUGGUCUUGCAAGAUUCAAGGUUGGCUCAGGAACACCGUAUUCUGGUGACUCAAUCUCGACUUCUUCAGUUGCUAUAAAGGGAACAAGUGGAUACAUCGCCCCAGAGUGUGCGGGAACAGGCGAAGUUUCGAGUGUUGGAGACGUUUACAGCUUUGGAAUUGUUCUGCUUGAGAUAUUUAUACGGAAGAGGCCUACUGACGAUAUGUUCAAAGAUGGGGUCAAUAUUGCAAGAUUCGUUGAGAUGAACUUCCCUGACAGGAUUGCACAGAUUGUAGAUCCUGAACUACUUGAAGAGCAUGAUGAUGUAUUGCAACAAACUUCAUCAGCCAUGACGCAGAAAAGAUUGGAAUGUUUAAUUUCAGUGCUAAACAAUGGACUUCGCUGUGCUAAUCCAUCCCCAAAUGAGCGCAUGGACAUGCAGGAGGUGGCUGCAAGGCUGCACGGAAUCAAGGAUGCGUAUCUGAAUGGAAACUGA